UGUAUAUACAUCUUGUUAGGUGGGCCGACUGCGCAUGCUCGGCCCGGCGGCUGUACAUUGACCUGAGCAGAGCGCGUCUCCCGGGGCUCGCCUCGCACGUAAUAUGCCGGCAUGCAGCCUCCUCCCCAUUUCCUCCCGGCUUUCAUUCAAUAGGCUUCUCCCCGCUCUUAUGGGCGGCCCUGGUGCAGCUAACAUUAACUCCAUCCUACACAAAGCGGCUCUCUUCCUCCUUCCUUGUAUCGAUCAGGACCCGGUGUGACCCGUCUCCGCCGCCGCUGCAGUCCCCGGUGCACGAUCACCAGAGCCAACUAGUGGGUUGAUAAAAAUGAAUGUAGAACAUGAAGUUGGUCUUCUUGUGGAAGAGAUUCGUCGUCUUGGCACAAAAGGUAAUGAUGGAAAAACCACUGUAAAAUUUGGUGUGUUAUUUAAUGACGACAAAUGUGCUAACCUAUUUGAGGCACUAGUUGGAACCCUUAAAGCAGCAAAACGAAGAAAAAUCAUAACUUAUGAUGGAGAAUUACUUCUACAAGGUGUUCAUGACAACACUGACAUUGUGUUACUUCAGGAUUAGAAUGUCUGUGGUUUUCUAAAUGGAAGGUGCUCCCCUCAAUGAAUUGGGCACACAGGCAUAGACCUAAGAUUGUGUAUUUUUCUAGUGGGACAUCUGCAAUACAUUUCCAUUCCAUUUUUGUCUUUGCUUUUUUUGAGAACAUGAAUUUAUUUUUGAAUCUGAAAGGACCACAAUUGCAAUAAAGUUUCUGGAGCUCAUGUUUGCUGUCCUGUACUUUUUUUUUUUUCCUUUGGUAGAGAAAUCAGCUAGUUGUCCAUAUGCGGUCAAAUGUAUGAACAUCCCAUACAUUGGCACUGUAACCAGGCUCACGACAAACCAAAAAAAUAAAAUAUUGGAAUGAUGGCACCAUCUGUGGUGAGCUGCUGCACCACUUACACAGACCUGUAGUCCCUCUGUCUACUUUGUGAUCUCUCUACUUCCAGUAGUCCUAAAAUUCUAUUCAUAAAACUUGGUGCUUCCUAUUAAAUUGUAGCAUCUUCAGGAUG